UCCAUUUCCGUGCGGACAUUUUUGUUCAACAAAGAAUAUUUACAUGACUGGUUUUAAUCUGAAAUUUAAUUUAUCUCUAGAGGAUUUUCAUUAUGUUGUCUCAGAAUUCAAAUAAGAGAAUCAUGGACUUCGGAGAGUCCUGGGGUAGCGCAGAAAAAAAGAAGAAGAAAAAAAGCCGCUGGAAUACUGAAGUUGAUGAUAAAACCAUGAUACCAGGAAUGCCGACAGUUUUACCAUGCAAUUUGGAUGCAAACCAGGAGAAACAAUAUAUUGGUCGCCAUCUCCUGAGCCGAUCUACAACAACGAGGGGAAGCGACUGAACACGCGUGAAUACCGCACCCGGAAGAAGCUGGAGGAGGAACGUCACCGUCUAGUCCAGGAAGCCAUGUCACUGAAUGCAGAGUACAAACCUCCUCCAGACUACAAACCACCAGUGAUACGUGUGAAUGACAAAGUCAUGAUUCCCCAAGAAGAACAUCCUGACAUCAACUUCGUUGGGCUUCUUAUUGGACCAAGAGGAAACACAUUGAAAAAUUUAGAGAAAGAGACUGGAGCGAAGAUAAUUAUUCGUGGUAAAGGGUCUGUGAAAGAAGGCAAGAUUGGUCGGAAGGACGGCCAGCCACUUCCUGGCGAGGACGAGCCGCUACAUGCGUAUGUGACGGCAAACAAUCCGGAGAAUGUCAACAAGGCAGUAGAGAAGAUAAAAGAGAUAAUCCGUCAAGGUAUUGAGGUUCCAGAAGGUCAGAAUGAUCUGAGACGUCAGCAACUACGAGAACUGGCUCUACUUAAUGGAACAUUACGGGAAAAUGAUGGAUUGGCGAAGCUGAAACAGCUACAACAAGCUCAAACCAUCGUGACCAACACAAUCAUCUGCUCUGUGUGUGGUGGUGCUGGUCAUAUAGCACAGGACUGCAAGGAGAAAAAACCUGGAGAUACAUUUAGAUUUCAACAGGCCCAAACACCAGUUGAUAAAGCUAAAAUGGACAGUGAGUACAUGUCUCUGAUGGCUGAGCUGGGUGAGGGACCGCCUCCACAGAAAAACGACCGACCAAUGAACUCAUUUUCACGGCCACCCAUGAGUUUUCAUCAUCCUCCAAACCCCAUGUCUAUAAAUCCUCCCUGGUCACAGCACAAUGCUCCUAAGAGACUACAGAUAGAGAGUCCACCUGUAUUCCAAAACCCCCAGCUUGGAAUGCCUCCGCAGGUGACUUCAAGUCACAACCCCGUAAUGUCGGCCCACAGGCACCAAAACAUAGGGCCCCCUGGCGUGGUGACCAUUCCACCCACCAGCAACGUGGGUAUGCCUCCCUGGCAGCAGAUGACCAGCUCCAAUCAAACUGGGGUCACCUCCACAACCACAGCAGUUGGUUUGCGACCUCCACUGCCGACUCUACUGACGGCACCACCUCCCCCACCCCCAGCAUGUCAGCCUCUUAAUGCUGGUGGGAUGCCCUGGUUGCAGCACACACAAGUUGCUCCUGUGCCUCCUCCACCUCCUGUUACUUCAUCUCCAUGGCAGCCAGCAUCCAUGUCGGCACCGCCACCACCUCCGUCAAACUUACCUCCGUGGCAGCAGCAGCAGCAGACACCACCACCCUCUGGUCAAGCAACGAUGGCCAGCCCUGUCGCGCCUCCCCCUCCUUCUCAAGGAAAUAUCUAUAAUCCUGUUGGUGCUCCCCCUCCCCCACCCCCUGGUCGAUUUGAAAUGAAUGCUGUUGGUAGGAUAAACCCACAUCUUGUACCUCCACCCCCACCUCCACCGCCCAGUUAACUUCCAGCGUAUGUUAAAGGGACUAUCCUGAGUUUUGUAGCCAUUUUAAAAGGUUAUCGGCAAAUAAAAUAUUUUUAUAUUAUUAAAAUGACAAAUUACUUAUAUUUUCUUUCUUUCAAUAUGUAUAAAAUACUUUCGUACAUGUAUACAAUUUAAAAAAAAAAAAUUAACAGCCAAAUGAAAUUUGAAAUAAUUCGGCCGAAGGUUAUUCCAGAUGUAUUUAUCCAUAUAAUCCUUUUUAUUUAAAACAUAUUGAGGUAAGGUAGUUUUCUUUUCUGAGGGCGGCAGGACCGUAGCUCAGUGGUACAGCACUCCCUGAUGUGUGAUCGAUCUAAGAUCAAUUCCUGUCUGCGGGCCCAUUGGGCUUCUUUUCGUUCUAGCCUUGCUCCACAACUGGUGUAACGAAGGCCGUCGUAUGUACCAUCCUGUCUGGGAUGGUGCAUAUAACAGAUCCCUUGCUGCUAAUCGCCCAUGAA